AUGAAGUCCAAUAACUUCCUCGGCGGCAUUCUUGCUGGUGUGUUAUAUUGUGUUUCCGCCGUGCUAGCACAAGAUUUUGCUGCCCAUGGACAUUUCACGGAACCAAACACCAACAUCACCUUUUACACCAGUUACGAGACAGACGGACCGGUUACUGGAGAUGGAAUCUUUUCAUUGACUUCCAGGGGUGGUUUUACGUUCGGUAUCGCCUUACCAGAGACGGCCACAACUGUUGAUUCAUACGACUACAUUGGUCUAAUCAUUGGUUCAGCGCCUAAUGGCACUGGAUGGUCGUCCGUACUCCAGGGCGACAAUGUUGGCGCUGGUAUGCCCAAUCACCUUAUGCUUCUAGCUUGGCCUACAGGGAAAGAUAAGGAGAUUGCCACCUCACUCCGCUAUGCACCUGCAUAUCAGGCCCCAGUUCCUUACAAGGGCACUGCCAAGAUUACUCAACUCUACACAGAUGUCAACACGACGCACUGGACGAUGGUCUAUAAGUGCGAAAGGUGCCUAAUCUUUGAUGAUCCGACCCAAACCCCAUUCAACACCUCCACAUCCCAGGGCCGAUUUGAGCAAGGAUGGGCUCAAGCAGAUUCUCCAGUCUCCGAUCGCUUAGACCCAAAUGCCGAUAUUCAACAACAUAACAAUGGAAUGGGAGUGUUUGCGAUUGAGGUUGCAUCCGCUACACAAAAAGCAUACACAGAUUGGGCAACUAUGACUGCAACAAUUACCAGUGUUACUGGAGGGCCCACCCCCACUACGACCUUCACAGGCGUUCCAGUGCCUACAAGUACUAGUUAUGACUACGUAGUAAUUGGUGGUGGAGCUGCUGGUAUCCCAAUUGCAGACAAAUUAUCUGAGUCUGGAAAGUCUGUAUUGCUCAUUGAGAAGGGAGUUGCGUCAUCUGCUAGAUGGGGCGGAACACUCCGACCUGAAAGCGGGUGGCUUGACGGGACCAAUCUCACUUGGUUUGAUAUCCCAGGAGAGUGUAAUAGAAUUUGGAACGGAGGUGCGGAUGGAGUAGCCUGUACUGAUAUGGAUCAGAUGGCAGGAUGUAUUUUGGGCGGCGGAGCUGCAGUCAAUGCUGGACUUUGGUGGAAGGCAAACCCCGCCGACUGGGAUUACAACUUCCCAACUGGGUGGAAAGCCCCUGAUAUGAAAGCCGCAACAGACCGUGUCUUCUCAAGAAUCCCAGGCACCGACCAUCCUUCUCUAGAUGGGAAGCUCUAUGUUCAAUCUGGAUUUGACACUAUCAGAACAGGUCUAGCCGCUGCCAAUUGGACAAGUGUGACGGCAAAUGAUGUUCCUGGCCAGAAGAACAAAACUUACGCUCAUACCCCGUAUAUGUCUAGUCAUGGAGAGCGUGGUGGCCCAAUGGCAACUUAUCUUGUCACUGCCAGCACUAGAAAGAAUUUCCAGAUGUGGCUGAAUUCUAGUGUUGAGCGCAUCAAUCGUGUUGGUGGGCAUGCUGUCAGUCUAGAUAUUCUCCCAACGAACAACGGGGGCCGUAACGGUACUAUCAACUUAACCCCCGGUACAGGCCGUGUUAUUUUGGCCGCUGGAGCUUUCGGAACUCCCAAGAUCCUGUUCAGGAGCGGUAUUGGCCCGACAGACCAGCUUGAAGUGGUGAAGUCCUCCACCGAUGGCGACAAAAUGAUUGAUCAAAAGGACUGGAUCAAUCUGCCAGUAGGAUACAAUCUCAAUGACCAUCUGAAUACGGACACCGUCAUCUCCCAUCCAAACGUCUCGUAUUACGAUUGGCCUGCUGCAUGGGACACUCCAAUCGAGCAAGAUGCUCAAGAUUACCUGACCAAACGGAUCGGACCCCUUACUCAAGCAGCACCGAACAUCGGCCCCAUGAUGUGGGAUGAGGUCACAGGCCCAGAUGGAAUUGUUAGACAAUUCCAGUGGACAUCCAGAGUUGAGGGGUCCGGCGGUCAACCGAAUGGGAAUACGAUGACACUCAGUCUAUACCUUGGACGUGGCUCAGUGUCUCGAGGCCGGACGACGAUUGGCAAAGGAUUGAACAUGGUAGUGUCUACUAUUCCAUUUGGCGAUACCAACGAUCUAGCAGCUGUCGCUGUUGCAAUUGACAACAUGGUUGCAGCUUUGAGUCCGGUUGCCAAUAUGACAUGGCUGCUACCCCCCAGCAACACAACCGGUGCUGAAUAUCUCAAAACUCUCCCAUUAACCUACGCCAAUAUCGGUGCCCGCAGAUCCAACCACUGGAUGGGCAGCGCCAAACUGGGCACAGACAGCGGGCUCACCGGCGGAACUUCCGUUGUAGACACGAACACCAAGGUAUACGGUACAGACAACAUAUUUGUCGUGGACGCAAGUAUCUGGCCUGGAAUGCCAUCUACGAAUCCGAGCGGGUUGAUUGUGGUUGCUGCAGAGCAUGCAGCAGUGAAAAUCCUGGCUCUUCCUGCCACUGGCGGCACCGCGCCUCCGCAGCCUCACGGUUCUCAGUGUGGCGGUAAAUUCUACACUGGAAGCCGCGUUUGCCCUAACCGGCAGAAGUGCAAGUUUCUGAACCCGAAUCUCUCAGUGUGUGUCUAA